UUAAUAUUUUUUUUUCUCUCUCUCUCUCAAAUAUCUCAAAUAUUCAAAAGAUGUUACGACUCAACGUAGAUUGUCUUGUACUUAUUUUUGAUGAAUUGCAAGAUAAAGAAUCUUUAUAUUCUUGCCUUUUGGUUAAUAGAGAAUGGUGUAGAUUAGUGGUACCUAUAUUAUGGAAAAAUUAUUCAUGGUGUAACGUUGAUGAAUUUAAUUUUUUCAAUACUAUACUUUCUUGGUUAUCAACAUCAUCAAAAAAGAUUUUAUCAGAUAAUGAUAUUAAAUUACCUUCAACAACACUUUUAAAACCUCCAUUAUUUAAUUAUAUUAGUUUUUGUAGAUUUCCAGAAACAGAAAUCAUAAAUAGGAUGAUAGAAAUGGUAUUAGAGAAACAAAAUGAUAAUAAUAAGAGAAAUAUUUUAGAACAAGAAAUUUAUAAAUUAUUUAUUAGUCAAUGUAAAAAUGUUAAAGAAUUUGUAUGGAGAACUUCACAACCAUUAUCAUUAUUCCCAGGAGCAUCAAAAUGUUUCUCACAAUUAUAUAGAUUAACUAUAGAUCUUGAUUAUAUAAAUUCUAAUUCUCUUAAUGAGAUGGCGAAAAUUUGUAAAGAUUUGAAUAUAUUAUCUAUUAAUAAUUGUUCACAAGAUUUUCCUGGAUUAAUUUCUUUAAUUGAUGCUCAAAGAAAUUUAAAUUUUGUAACCAUUUGUAAUAAUAGUAAUAAUAUUAAUAAUAAUAAAAAAAAUUGUGAAGAAUUAAGCAAAGCAUUAACAAGGAAAGGAAAUACAAUAAAUUAUCUUCAUUUGGAUUCAGUAAAUACCAUUAUUCCACCUUCAUUCUUAACAUCACUUGUAAAUUUAACAUGGAUAUUAGUUUAUAAUGAUGAACAAUAUGAAGAUUUAGAAAAGAUUAAAGAAUUUCAAAAAUAUCUUGCAAUUUCUGAAUAUCCUGAUCUUAGAUCUCUUAAUAUUACUGGAUUAUUAUGUUUUAAAGAAUUAUCAAUGUUAAUUGAAAAGACGAAAGGGAAUAUUUCACGUAUAUAUAUUUAUACAAUAAAUAUAGCUAAUAGAGCUGCAACAAAUACAGGAAUGUUAAUUAAAUCAAUUGCAAAAAAUUGUCCAAAAAUUAAAUUUUUACGUACAUAUCUUGAACCAGAAGAUUUUAUUCAUGUAAAAUCAUUAUUAUUAAAUUGUAGAAAUUUAGAAGAUAUAAGUUUUGAUAAUAUUAAUUUUAUUAUAAAUGAAAAUGAUGAUGAUGUGGGUGAUGAAUUAUUAAAUAUUUUAACAAAAUUUUCUCCAAAAUCUUUAACUCAUAUAACAAUUAGUGGAAGUUGGAAAUAUUCUCUUGAUUCUUUUGAACGAUUUUUUGCAAGUUAUAGAAAGAAAUCUUUACUUCAUUUUUAUAUAGAAUAUCAUUAUGAUAAAUAUUAUAUUACAGAAUAUCAUAGAAUGGUUAUUAGGAAAUAUGUUGACGAAGGAGUUAUAAAAUAUCAAGAUCAUAUAUAAAAUAUAUUUAUUUAUAAUUAGUAGUUUAUAAAGAUGAAAGGCUUUAUGAUGGAUUUGGAUCGUAUAAAAUUUGAAUUAUAGAACAAGGAAUAUAGAGAAAGUUAAUCCCAAGAAGAAAAGAAAUUAUAUAAGAGAAGUUUACGUGGUUCCGGGAUUCAUGAACAUCGUAAUUGUAACGUUUAAGGCACGCUCUGCUCCCGGUCCCUCUAAAGCGACAAGAUCCUCUAAUAUAACGCCUAAGAGUUUCCGGGAAAUACUUGAGAAUGAAGGAGAAUAUAUUUUUGUUUUUUAGCAUUUUUAUAUUACACAUACAAAUUAUUUAUUUAUUUUUUUUUAAAAUAAAAUAUAAUUUACGUACUAAUUAUUCUUGCUUUAUAUUUUGAAUAAUAAC